GACUAAAAAGCCAGAAGUUUAAGUUGGCCCCAAAUUUAGAAAGAAAUCAUCCUCAACCUUUUCCUGAAACUCUUGUCUCUUGUUCUUCCCUCACUCUACAAACAAAGAUCUACUUACAAUAUACUAGUACUCACAACUCAGUAGCAGAAGCCAUUGAAACUUACACUGAAAGUGCAAAAAUGGCGUUGAAGAACAACCCUUCAUGUUCAAUUCCCUCCCUUUUCCUCUCUUUCUCUCUCCUCUGCAUCAUCUCUUUCUCUCUCUUCAUCUUCUUCAAUCGACCCACCUCCAUUCUCGAAAACCCCAUUUCAAUCUCCCAAAAUCCCCUCAAAGUUUACGUUUUUAACCUACCCAGAUCCUUCAAUUAUGGCCUUUUGGAGAAUUACUGGACUUUACCUCCAGAUUCUCGGAUCCCUAAUGACCCGGAUCAUGAACCCGGGUCAAGAAAACCCGGAAAAGUUGAGUUUCCUCCAUACCCAGAAAACCCUGUGAUUAAACAGUAUAGUGCUGAGUAUUGGUUGUUGGGUGAUCUCAUGACCCCAGAAAAUUUGCGAAGUGGGUCUUUUGCAAAAAGGGUUUUUGAUGAGAGAGAAGCUGAUGUGAUUUUUGUGCCUUUUUUUGCAACUUUGAGUGCUGAAAUGCAGCUUAGUUUGGAUAGAGGUGUUUUCAGGAAGAAAUCUGGUAAUGAAGAUUAUCAAAGACAAAAACAAGUUGUUGAUCUUGUUAAGAAUUCUGAGGGUUGGAAAAAAUCUGGUGGACGUGAUCAUGUUUUUGUCUUAACUGACCCUGUUGCAAUGUGGCAUGUUAAAGAUGAGAUAGCCCCAGCCAUGCUCCUUGUUGUAGAUUUUGGUGGCUGGUAUAGACUUGAUGCAAAAUCAUCCUAUGGCAAUUCAUCGGAGAGAAUUCAACAUACACAAGUUUCUCUGCUGAAGGAUGUGAUCGUUCCAUAUACACAUCUGCUCCCUGUAUUGCACCUAUCAGAAGACCAGCCACGGCAUACCCUUCUUUACUUUAAAGGAGCUAAGCAUAGGCAUAGGGGAGGUAUAGUUCGAGAGAAAUUAUGGGACUUGCUAGUUAAUGAACCUAGGGUUGUUAUGGAGGAAGGCUUCCCUAAUGCCACUGGUAGGGAGCAAUCAAUUAAGGGGAUGAGAACCUCAGAGUUCUGUUUACAUCCCGCUGGAGAUACACCGACAUCAUGCCGCCUUUUUGAUGCCAUUCAAAGUCUGUGUAUCCCUGUCAUAAUCAGUGACCAUAUUGAGCUACCAUUUGAAGGGAUGGUUGAUUAUUUAGACUUCUCAGUUGUUGUCUCAGUUAAUGAUGCUCUGCGACCAAAAUGGCUUGUAUCUUAUCUUCAAGGCAUCUCUAUGAAGCAGAGAGAGAAACUUCGUAGAAAUAUGGCUCGAGUUCAGCCCAUGUUCAUGUAUGAUUUUGGCCAGCCUGGAGGUAUUGGUCCGGUUCCACCAGGUGGCGCAGUGAAUCAAAUCUGGAAAAAGGUUCACCAAAAGCUUCCCAUGAUCAAGGAAGCUAUAGUUCGAGGUAGGAGGAAACCACCAGGUGUAUCGAUUCCACUUCGUUGUCACUGUACCUGAUGUCUGCAUAAUCACUCUCGUAAGUUUUUGUCUAGUCUAGUCCUUGUUUCUUUGACAUGAAAAGGCAUUGGAAUCGGAAGUUUCUAGGAAGUCCAUAAUUGUAGAGUUGUAUGGUUGCUAAAAAUAUAGGUGAUUGCACUUUCUAAGAAGUUGUACUUCCCAAAAAAUGGAGAAGUUAUUACCAAGUGUCUUUUAGGUAAGUGGAACUUCGUGUGAUCAGCCGAACAACUUUUUUUACUUCGUAAAGAAUAGAACUACAUGGGAGAAACAACUAUAUAGGAAGUGUCAUUUAUCGUGUUCAACUAGACAACCACUUGAUACAUUUUAUAUUUUGUAUACAAAUUUUCCUUUACUGUAAUGUAAUGAGCAGUGAUUGAUCUGCU